AAAUGUUGCAGAAUUUUUUUUUUUAAAAAGCUUUUAGUUGUCGAAAUGAAGACUCUGCUGGUUGCACUUCAUUUCACAAUUAUUCUGAUCAUUUUGAGAGGUGACAAUGUUUGUGAAGAAAGUGAUCUUCCUUUCUACGAUCGAUAUCACAUUGCAAGACACUGCCAACGAUCGAAUAAGUCCGUUAUGGCUUUGGCUAAUUUUGAAUCAGUGAGAAAAUGUGAGAAUUUUGCAAGAGACAAAAAUGCUCUCGCCUUCAAUUACGCUCCACAGGAGAGAGGGACUCAGAAUCUGUAUGAACGUGCAAAUAAAAAUGCAACAAAGUACAGAGGGAAUAAGUAUCCUUCUGGGAAGGAUAUUAUUGAACAAUCGGAGGAGUACUACAACUGCCAAGUUCUAGCAUGUCCUGAAUUGAAGAAUUUCUCAUCAAUGAUCAACGAUACGCGCUUUGACUAUUACAGCCUCUAUGCCAAUCCUCCGCCUCCUGAUAAUGCAACCUGCUUACCCGGAAUGGGCAUGUUCAUCUACUACGACAAACCAGAAAACUACUCUCGAGCCUUCAAUGCUUGCCAGGAAAUAAAUGGAAGCCUUGCUGGUGUUGUUUCUGAAUCCCAAACGAAUGCCCUCUCUAAGCUACUCAAACUAAAAUACAACACAACCCACCAGGACAUGGCAUUCGUUGACCUGCGUGAAAAGGAGCACAACGAGACGACUAAUCAAUACACUUAUCACACAUCUGAAGGAUUUCCUCUAGAAUGUUUCGCUUUCAGAGCAUGGAGUCCCGGAUUUCCGCGAAAAUUCAAACAUGCCGCUUGUGUGACGAUCACAAAGGAAAAUUCAUGGAAAGUCGUUCCCUGUACCAAAAAGAAACCAUUUAUAUGCGAAAUUUUCCCCACAGGACCCGACAGGAGGAUUUCUUCUACACGAAAGUGCUCCAUUAAGAGGCCCAAUAAUCCUUCGGAUAAACAAAAUUCAGAAAGAUUUUAAAAUCUAAUAACUUUGAAUAAAAAAUAAAUUUCUUUGACUCUGGAUUGAGUUGUUCACGUACUUGAAAAUCGGUCAAGCCGUUUAGUUAAUUAAGGUUAUCUAAACUGUUUAGGGAUAAAUCAUUACUUGUUGAAUUUUAUCAACUCAGACUCGAAUUAAAGCUCUCAAAAACUGUCUGGUAGCCAAAAAUAAACCAAAUAUCUUGAAAAUUGCAGAAAAUGCAAACAAUGACGUCAUUAUUGAAUUUUUCUAAAGAUCGUGACGUAAUUUUUUUAAUUUCUAUGAAAUUUUUUUGCCGAAUUUCCCCACUGAUCGUAAAUGGAAAAAAAUCAUUUUAAUUUAAAAAAAAAAUAGUAAAUCUGUUUGGAUAUUUCUGAAACUCUUUUUGAACAUUGAUUGAAGCAAUGAAGCAUAUGCUUUAUGGGCUUUAUGCAAUUAAAAAUACAAUAAAGGCGUGUUUUCCUAUUCUUAAAUCUUUUCAGUAUGAUGUUCUAAAAGAAUUCUUUCUCGGUAUAUAUAUUAUUAUGACAUUUUUGAAUGAAGUCAAAACACGAAUGAAUGUGAAUAAACUCCUUAAAAAUUCAACCAAAAACAGCCACAAAAAUGAAUAAACUCCUUCAAAAUCAAAA